AUUUAAUCCCGUCGGCGGAUUUGGAAGCACAGAAUUCCGGUCGAAUUUCGACUCUCGCCCCAGUGUAUCCCUUCUCAUACUGAACGUAACAUAUCGCAUCUUCAUGUCCAAUUCCGUAUCCCCUCGACCGGCAUUCAACCCUGAAAUCCGCGCAAGGACGCCGGCCCCAUAUGGUCAAGCGUGCAUCAAUUGCGCCCGUGCUAAAUGCAAAUGCAUACUCCUUGCUAUUGGGAACCAGUGUGAAAGGUGGUGUUCUCAACCUGGUCCAUGACUGAAGGAACAUGUGCUGAGCAGAAAACAGAUGUAAUCGCCUGGGGAAGGACUGUAGACCUUCCCCCUCGCUCCGGCGGCGCAACAAAGGCUCGUCAAGUUCGAGGAUCGCACAGGUCGAAUCGAAACUCGACAGUCUUUUGUCUGUCCUACAAACAAACAGUAGAACCGGGUAUCCUUCCCUGGAUGCGAGAGAACGGUCGCUCCCAGACCAGUCGCCAGCCUCCCCACCCACACAAGCCCCCGGAUUGAACCCAUCUUCACCAAAAGACCGAAGGUUGCUCAGACCAAUUCCCUCGGACACCUCGGUUCAAGUUCUCAAUCGGUUUCGUCAAGAAAACCUGAAGUAUCUGCCAUUCAUCUACAUUCCGCCGCACAUCACCCCCGAAGAACUUUACGAGGACAAGCCAUUCUUCUGGGAAUGCGUUGUCGCAGUCCUCACACCAAACCUAAAGGAGAGAGAAGCCCUUUUCAUGAAAGUGCACGACACUAUUCAUCAGAAGCUUCUAGUGGAAGCCACCCCUAGCUUGGACAUUCUUCUGGGCGUCAUGACCUUCAUGUCAUGGAGAAUAUACUCGGCGAAGCCAUUUCUCAAUUUCUAUAGUCAUAUCCUCACAGGACUCGUCUGCGAUCUCGGGAUUGACAAAGCUGCCUUCAGGGAGCAGCCUGUCUUGGAACGGUUUCAUCGCGUGGUCGGUGUAAAAACGGAGACAGCGACAGGCAGAACCCUGGAGGAGCGGAGGGCUGUGUUAGGGUGUUUCUUAAUCACUUCCAGUAUUGCCUCCUGCAUAUUCAAGUGCGACGCCUUGCGCUGGACGCCUCACAUGGAAGAGAGCCUGGAGGUUCUAACCAGAGCGAAAGAGUGUGUCGACGAUGAGACGCUCGUUUGGCUGGUCAAGAUUCAGUUGAUGGUUGACAAAGCGUAUCGUCUCCGUCGGGAUGAGGAAGUCUACCUUUCCACUCCUCUUGUGAUGGACCUUUUGCAAUCACAACUGAGUUCGGUCAGAGGCCAGAUACCGCUGCACCUCCAGCAAAGCAGCCUCAUUCUCAUGUACCUCGCCAACGCCGAACUUGCGAUCCACGAGCUCUCCAUUCGAGUUCCCAUGCCGUCCAAUGACCCAGACCCUCAGGAGCUCAAAAGCCUCGAUCUCUCUCUCCAGGCAGCCAAGUCAUGGCUCGAUGUGUGGCUCAGUGUUCCUCCGGAGCACUACCUGACCGUCUCUGCCGCCAUUCUCUUCCAGCUCUGCCGGGCUUUGGUGAACCUUUACAAACUUUCCACUCUCGGAGAAUCAGUUUGGGACAACAAUGAACGUCAAAGCACCGUCAAUCUGUUGCAUUAUCUAGACCUGUUGCAAGUCAAUUUCAAACGGGCAUCUAACCAUCUCAACCAACCUGCGGACGUGAAUAUCUUUGAGAAAGGGGUAACAAUGAUAUCUUCGAUCAGACAACGUUGUGGUCUCGUACUAGCGGACACGUGGCACCCGUCCCCAGGAAUGGCCGAAGUGACCUUCCAAGAGGCAGCAGAUGCUUCCAACUUCUUGAGAUGGGAUCACGUCGAUGAUGCGUGGAUGAUGGAAUAUUUAGGAUUCUUAUAAGACACCAAGGUUCAUCCAUCUAUGCGUAAGCAUGGUAGGAAUAGGAUAUGAAACCAACGAAUCUAGAUGCAACGACUCCGCCAUAACUAUCCUCUGUGGUAUUGCUCAAUCGCUUCCAUCCUUUCUCUUGCUUCUAUCUGUUGUGCAUUGUCCUCGAGAUGUUCAGCUAGUUCACCUAAUCGCCUCUUCCAGAACCUCCUCCACCGUUCUAGACACAGCCUAUUGUUAGCCCCAUAAAACGAACAGUUG